AUGGCCGACACACUUCGAUCAUACCAAGCACGAUGUCCGCCCCUUCGGCAGGCCCGAGGGACGGUGCUUAAUACUAUAAUGGAGGAUACCCGCGAAUCACAAUUUGCCGAGAAGAGGGUCAACACGCCAACGCAACAGAAGCCUUUGACCAGCCCAAAGUUGACAUUGAAGACUAGCGGGUUAUCAAUACCGACUCGCUCACAAUUGGCCCGCCUGAUGUCGCCUCUUUCAGCGGCAACCGUGUCGUCAUGUUGCUCAGAUGUGGAAUGGCAGCAACAAAUGCAAGGAUUUGAUGACCUUUACGAUGCAACGGAUGAGGAAGAUAUGGACGAUGACAACUCGACGGAAAUCAGCCUAUCAUGCUUCUCCCAGCCAACACGCCCAUCGAGUUUAGUGACACCGGUCACAAGGGAUUCUUAUACAUCAACUGGAAGUCGUAGACGCUCUCUUACUCUCCAGAUCCCUCCGUCCAAUGUCUGGCCCUCGAUUACUGGAGGCCACAAGAGCUCGCCGAUCCCUCCAACACCUCCACCCAAGAUCCCCGUUUCUCCUGCUGCACUUUCAAUGCUGACUCGAUCUGUUCCUGCAUCCUACGCACCGCCUUCACUGGAUGGAAGCAUGUCGUCGGACCAGGAAUCGAACCUCAGUGCUCUCGCUACUCCUGAUACACACUCUCUUCCCGACUGGGAUGCUACGGAUAUUCAUGUCCGGCCUGAUAUAGAGGGAAGCGAGGACGAGCGUGAGAAUGAUAAUGCAGAUCUCCCGGACAUGCCAAUUACGAUCGAGACCCCGGAAGAUGUUGACUGGCGCAAUGUCUUGAGAAGUUUCCCACAAAUCCCCACUGCUCUUCAGAACUACGACGAGCCAUCCCGGGAACCUACUCCAUCUGAUCAGGGUGUUUUCCUUCCAGAUGGAGCUCUAGCGAUGCUCCACCACAUUCAGCUUGAUGGUGUACCGGAGGCCUGGUCAGAAUCUUCCGAGGGGAACGACGAGAUGUGGCAAUUACAGGCACCUCCAAGUCGCCCUCGCAGUGCUGAUGGCGCCACUCCAGCGUCUGCUAUGUCCAGCUACAGCUUCAGUGAGCUGAGCAUUCCUUCCCCUGGUGGGUUUUUUGCUUCACUCGCUCCACGUGCACGACACACCUGGUCCAUGGCGCCUUCCAACCUGCCCCCAUCAUCGGCUGUUGCUGAGGGAUUCUACAACCUGCCAUGGCGUCGAGACGACGAAGAGGUCGUCGAGCAGGUUAUUGAUUGGCCUCAGCGCUCAGAGGACGAUGACCCCGUUACUGCAGUCCGGGAUGAACAGGGACCGCCAACAGCGAUUCGAAUUCCAUGUGAUACCCCCACGCAACCUGCCACUCGACAAGAUAGCCCAAUGAGCGCAACUUUCGAAGCAGUCCAGGAGAUUGCCCGUUCUGAAGCUCUUCCUGAGUACGACGAGUCCUAUGACCAAGAACUGCAGGACCGUGCUGCGGAUAGUCUUGACCGAACCAGCGUCUGGCUCACUGCCCAGGCUACCUAUAUGGCUGCUUUGAGUGAAACCAACCCUGUCAAUGAGACGGAAACUGAGGACUCCACCAAAGUGGAAGAGGAACAAUUGCCUAAGGUGCAAGACACCCCCGCCAAAAAAGCAGUUCGAUUCGUCGAAGGUACCCCGGCACCUAUGAGCCCUCUACCUCCCCUGCCUUCCACAGCUGCCAGCAAAGAUUCAAUCUACUGGCGUGGGUUCCAAUCCAUCAUCGACCGAGCCGAAAAGCCCGAUGGUUUCCUCCAUAGUAGCAUGCGUUAUGAUGCCGUUCAAUCAUUUCGUCUCGGACUAGUCGACAAUCACAUCAACUGCCUGACAGGAAAGUACGAGCUCGUUCGUCCUGACCGACCUGCCUACAGGGGACCUUUCUCAAAGGCACCGCGCAACUCAACUAUUGCUUCUGUCCUCACAGAGAAAGCUCAAUUCUCCAAGCUCGAAAAGGAGCAGCUCGUUCUUGCCCAGAUAUGCGAGCCCAUGUGGGCAAUGGAAUCACUUCGUGCCCUCAACGGUGGCAAGCUACUUACCAGCCCCGCCGAGAAACGUAUCGCACGGACAAACAAACCGACCAAGACCCAAGACGGACCGAAACGCUCCAUCCGCAUCCUUGAUCUUGGUGGACAGUCAUCAUGCGAAUGGGCAUGGCAUGUCGCCCAGGAGUACCCAAACGUCAAGGUGUACUCCGUCAACAACAAGACCCAGGUCGUCAACAGCGGAAUCAAGGGCCCAUCAAACCACCGCGUGAUCUCUGUCGCCAACUUAUGGGAACUCCCAUUCGGCGCCAACAAAUUCGACGUCAUCACUACGCGCUCCUUGCACGCUCUUCUUAAGAUAGAAUGUCCAGCUGGUUUCGAUCGCGACGAGUACGACCUUGUCUUGAAAGAAUGUCUCCGCUGUCUCAAGCCUGGUGGUUUCCUUGAAUACAUGCUCCUUGACGCUGAGGUCUCUCGUGCUGGCGCUCAAUCCACUGCAUCAUCGACUGAGUUUGCCUCCAACCUGCGCUCACAUGCCUAUGAUCCUGCAGCUUCAAAGACUUUCCUCGCUCGCCUUCGCAAAAAUGGCUUUGUAGGAAUCAAGCGCGCUUGGAUGUUUCUUCCAAUGGGCGUGGAACCUGCCAAGCCCCUGCCGCCUCGGGAGACACCAGCCCCUCGUGUCCCGAGCCAGAUCGAGGAGUAUGAGGUCGUGCAAGGCCCCAUCGGAAGCACGGGUGAUAUUGCCAGCAUCACAGGAUUACUUGGUGGAUGGAUGUGGGAGCAGUGGCUUGUGAAAUUACGCAUGGAGAUGGGACAGGAACGGGGCCAGUUGCUCGAGGGUGUGGGUGCAAUUUUCGAUGAGGGACGGAAGAACGGUGCGGGUUGGACUUGUUUGUCUGGUUGGGCCAUGAAGCCGAAGCAUUUGAGAGAAGAAGCUACUUGGAUUUGA